GCCGCCUCACUCCCUCACUUCCUCACUCGCUCCCUCCUGCCUCCGCCGCGGCCUUCGCCAUCGCCAUGGGCGCCGUCACCGAUGAUGAAGUUAUUCGCAAGCGACUUUUGAUUGAUGGAGAUGGUGCUGGUGAUGACAGACGAAUUAAUUUGUUGGUGAAGAGCUUCAUCAAGUGGUGCAAUUCUGGAUCCCAAGAAGAAGGUUACACUCAGUACCAACGCAUGCUGAGCACCCUGUCACAAUGUGAAUUUUCAAUGGGGAAAACCUUGCUUGUUUAUGAUAUGAAUCUGAGAGAAAUGGAGAACUAUGAAAAAAUCUACAAAGAUAUAGAAAAUAGCAUAGAGGCAGCACACGAGAAGAUUGCCGAAUGUAAAAAGCAGAUUCUUCAGGCAAAAAGAAUAAGAAAAAAUCGCCAGGAAUAUGAUGCUUUGGCUAAAGUAAUACAGCACCAUCCAGAUAGGCAUGAAACUCUGAAGCAGUUAGAGGCACUGGGGAAAGAGCUGCAACAUCUUUCACAUAUCAAAGAAAAUGUUGAAGACAAACUGGAACUGAGACGGAAGCAGUUUCAUGUUCUUUUAAGCACCAUCCAUGAACUUCAGCAAACACUGGAAAAUGAUGAGAAGCUUUCAGAAGCAGAAGAAUCUUCAGAUACUCCAAUAGAAGCAGAAGAUAAAAAAUAAUCACCCUCAACUCAGCUCAGAACUUAGAUUUCCCUUUUCCUGAAGCUGAUGCCAAAUUAGGAGGGUCUAAAUUUAGUUUAAUUUUCCUUUUUGUUGCAAAAACAAAAGCAUGCAUCAGUUGGAGUAAUGUUUGACAUACUUUAAUGUUUGACAUACUAAGUUACUUUUUAUACUGUAAUUAGAAUUUAAGAAUAAAUAGUUCAGUUUUGGAUUCACACUGAACGGUAGUAUUGGUGUUCUAGAACUGGGAUAUACCGGUAUGUUUUUAGAGUGUUACUAAUAAACAAAAUAACUCUUGUUAUCUGAACUCAUUAAAAAUGUGAAUGAGCAAAA